AAAGUGGAAGGGGAAUAGAGAGAGUGGUGGAGGCACUAGGGAGAGAGGCAGGAGACAGGCGGGUCCCAUCAUCAUCACACCCUCCACCACCUUCCUCCAACCUCUAUACUGUCUGCCACCCGCUUAACACCUUCCACCACCAUUUUAUUCAUUCAUUCCAUUUCAUCUCUCUCUCUCUCUCUCUCUCAAAAGAACACUUUGGAUCUUCUUCUUUCCUCACUUAAUCACAUCCCUAUCUCUCUUUUAUUCCUUGUGAUGGAUAGUGGUCUGAGUUCAUUAGGUGGUGGUAGUGGUGGUGGUGGUUGUGGUGGUGGUUCCUCUACUAACGAAUCUGUAACUACGGUGUCAAAGGUGGAGGUGGUGGAGCAGAUGUCAACCGAGGCCUCUUCUUAUCCGGGGGAGGCUGAGCUGGAACUGGGUCUGGGUCUCAGCCUUGGGACUGGUGGUGGUGGUGGUGGUGGGUUGGUGAAGCCCAAGCAGCCCUCUUCUGCAUGGGGUGAGUAUGGCAGAAUCCUGACGGCCAAGGACUUCCCUUCUGUGCUUUCCAAUGCUUCUUCCACUGCUCCUCGCUUCUCUAAUUCUUCCGCUGGUCCUGUUUCUGGGACUAAGAGAGCUGCCGACUCUGCUGUUUCUCAAGAGGUUGGAUCUGCUACUGCUGCCAGUCAGGUUGUGGGAUGGCCUCCAAUCAGAGCUUAUAGAAUGAACAGCUUGGUUAACCAAGCAAAAGCCCUAGCUGCUGAAGAUGACAAGGCUGACAGCGAGAAUGAUAAAUUUAAGGAUACUUUGAAGAAGAAACCUUACACUGGUAGCAACAAGAACAAUUCUACUGUGAAAGAAAAAGGGCAUCUUGGGUUUGUUAAGGUGAAUAUGGACGGAUUGCCUAUUGGGAGGAAGGUGGAUUUGGAUGCUCAUGCCUGCUACGGGACACUGGCUCAAACAUUGGAGGACAUGUUCUUUAGGCACAACACAACCAUGCCUCCCAUUCGGUCUGAUGUAGAGAAGGGACAAUCAACAAACCCCUCCAAGCUUUUGGAUGGAUCGUCUGAGUUUGUGCUCACUUAUGAAGAUAAGGAGGGAGACUGGAUGCUUGUGGGAGAUGUUCCUUGGGGGAUGUUCCUCAGCACUGUGAAAAGGCUUCGAAUUAUGAGGACCUCUGAGGCUAAUGGGCUUGCUCCAAGAUUCCAAGAAAGGAGUGAGAGACAGAGAAGCAAGCCCAUUUGACACAUUGUUGACCAAUUUAUUUUAGCUCGAGUGGUGAAGAAAACCCACAGUUUGAAAAAGGAAAAUGAAAGAAAAGUAGAGAAGCUGAAAAGUCACAGCAUUUUGCUAAGCUUGGUCUUUUGUUUGUCUUUUUUUUCUUUUUCUUUUUUUGUUAUUGUCAACCAUUCUCUGGUUCCUGCUCUUUUUUUUUUCUCUUCCUUGUAGGCCAAAUUCAAUUUUAGUGUUCAUCAUCUCUUAUAUAGUGACAUACACACCUGCAUACUUGGCUGAAUGCUGCUUUCUCAUACUGUAAAUAUGGGAGUGCUUGAUAUCUAGGGUGCCAGAUUUUGCUGCAAUCGAGUGGACUCAAGUUUUUUUCUCUUGGUGAUAGAAGAUAAGCUUGUGU